CCGCGCGCGCAGAGUGUCAUGGCGGCCUGCAGGCAGUGCUGCUCGUACCUGCGGCUCCGGCCCCUGCGCUGCGGUCCUCUCGCUCCCCUAGGCCGGCCUGGGCUGAGUCGGGCACUCACCUAUUUGCAGGUGCGAGCACUAUGGAGCAGGAGCAGCACCGGGUCCCGAGCUGUAGCUGUGGACCUGGGCCACAGAAAGUUAGAAAUAUCCUCCGGAAAACUGGCAAGAUUUGCAGAUGGAUGUGCUGUGGUACAGUCAGGUGACACUGCAGUGAUGGUUACAGCAGUCAGUAGAACAAAACCCUCACCUUCCCAGUUCAUGCCCCUGGUGGUUGACUACAGACAGAAGGCUGCUGCAGCAGGUAGAAUCCCCACAAACUAUCUUAGAAGGGAGAUUGGUUCUUCUGACAAAGAAAUCCUCACCAGUCGAAUAAUAGAUCGUUCAAUUCGACCUCUCUUUCCAGCAGGCUAUUUUUAUGAUACUCAGGUUAUUUGUAAUCUCCUAGCAGUAGAUGGCAUCAAUGAACCUGAUAUCCUAGCAAUUAAUGGUGCUUCUGUAGCCCUCUCCUUAUCAGACAUUCCUUGGAAUGGGCCUGUUGGGGCAGUACGAGUAGGAAUAAUUGAUGGAGAAUGUGUUGUUAACCCAACAAGGAAAGAAAUGUCUUCUAGUACUUUAAAUUUAGUAGUUGCUGGAGCACCUAAAAGCCAAAUUGUUAUGUUGGAAGCCUCUGCAGAAAACAUUCUACAGCAGGACUUCUGCCAUGCUAUCAAAGUUGGAGUGAAGUAUACCCAGCAGAUAAUUCAGGGCAUCCAGCAGUUGGUAAAAGAAAUUGGUGCUGCCAAGAGGACACCUCAGAAGAUAUUCACCCCUUCACCAGAGAUGGUGAAAUAUACUCAUAACAUCGCCAUGGAGAAACUCUAUGCAGUUUUUACAGAUUAUGAACAUGAUAAAAUUUCUAGAGAUGAAGCCAUUAACAAGAUAAGACUAGAUACAGAGGAGCAACUAAAGGAAAAAUUUCCAGACGUCGACCAAUUUGAAAUAAUAGAAUCCUUCAAUGUUGUUGCAAAGGAGGUUUUCAGAAGUAUUAUUUUGAAUGAAUACAAAAGAUGUGAUGGACGGGAUUUAACUUCACUGAGGAAUAUAAGCUGUGAGGUCGAUAUGUUUAAAACACUUCAUGGAUCAGCAUUAUUUCAGAGGGGACAGACACAGGUACUCUGUACUGUUACAUUUGAUUCAUUAGAAUCCAGUAUUAAGUCAGAUCAAAUUAUAACAGCUAUAAAUGGGGUAAAAGAUAAAAAUUUCAUGCUACACUAUGAGUUUCCUCCUUAUGCAACCAAUGAAACUGGCAAAAUUAGUGGUAUGAAUAGAAGAGAACUUGGGCAUGGUGCUCUUGCUGAGAAAGCGUUAUGUCCUGUUAUUCCCAAAGACUUUCCUUUUACCAUAAGAGUCACGUCUGAAGUCCUUGAGUCAAAUGGGUCAUCUUCUAUGGCAUCUGCUUGUGGUGGAAGUUUGGCAUUAAUGGAUGCAGGGGUCCCAAUUUCAUCUGCUGUUGCAGGUGUAGCAGUGGGAUUGGUUACCAAAACCAAUCCAGAGAAAGGGGAAAUAGAAGAUUAUCGUUUGCUGACAGAUAUUCUGGGAAUUGAGGAUUACAAUGGUGACAUGGAUUUCAAAAUAGCCGGUACAAAUAAGGGAAUAACUGCAUUACAGGCUGAUAUUAAAUUACCUGGAAUACCAAUUAAAAUUGUAAUGGAAGCCAUUCAGCAAGCAUCAGUGGCCAAGAAGGAAAUAUUACAGAUAAUGAGCAGGGCAAUUUCAAAACCUCGAACAUCUAGAAAAGAAAAUGGACCAGUUGUAGAAACAGUUAAGGUUCCAUUAUCAAAACGAGCAAAAUUUGUUGGACCUGGUGGAUUUCACUUAAAAAAACUUCAGGCUGACACAGGUGUAACAAUUAGUCAAGUUGAUGAAGAAACCUUCUCCAUAUUUGCACCAACACCUAGUGCAAUGCAUGAGGCAAGAGACUUCAUUACUGAUAUUUGCAGAGAUGAUCAAGAGCAACAAUUAGAAUUUGGAGCCGUUUAUACCGCUACAAUAACUGAAAUCAGAGACACUGGAGUAAUGGUAAAACUGUACCCAAACAUGACUGCUGUGCUACUUCAUAACUCACAACUCGACCAGCGGAAGAUUAAACAUCCCACUGCCCUAGGAUUAGAAGUGGGCCAAGAAAUUCAGGUCAAAUACUUUGGCCGUGACCCAGCUGAUGGAAGAAUGAGGCUUUCUCGCAAAGUACUUCAGUCUCCAGCUAUAACUGCUGUCAGAACGCUAAAUGACAGAAGCAGCAUUGUAAUGGGAGAGCCUGUUUCACAGUCAUCAUCAAACUCUUCCCCUUGACUCCCUUUGGAAAUAGUAUUUAACAAUGAUAUUCUGCAAAGCAAAUUUUAAUAGUCCUGCCUAAUGUGUAGAUUUAUAUAUAAUUUAAAUAUGAUUAUUUGUAUUAAAGUGCUCAUUUCUAUAGGCAGAUUUUUUUUUUCUGUCCCACCAGCCAGCUCCAAAAUUAUGACAUGGAGAAUUAUUAAUCAUGAAACUCAGCUUGUUUUUAGCUACCUCUUAUAACUUAAAUUAACCCAUUUAUAUUAAUGUAUGUGGUACCCCAAGGAUCAGUCACUUCAUCUACAUACUGUCUGUCCUGCUUUCCUGCUUCCUCCAUGUUUCUCAACUCUGCCUUUCUUCUUCCCAGCAUUCUCUGCACCUGGAAAUCCUGCCUAGCUAUUGGCCAUUCAGCUCUUUAUUAAACAAAUCGGUGUGACACAUCUUCCACAACACAUUUCAUGUGCCUUUUUUAUUUCACAGGCAACCUAUAUUUGCUUAUUUUUAUUUAGAUUAUAAAUCAGUAAAUUUAUUAAUGAAAGUAAGCUAUUUAUAUAUGUUAGGAGAAAUUACCUUUUGUCAUAAUUGCAAACUACUGAAAAGUAAUAGACCAUUUAUGCUCUCCUAAAGGUCUUUUCCAGUCCCUCCCUUCUCUUCAUGUAUGGUAAUGGCUAUUCUCCUUAGUCAUGGCUCACCUCUGCCCCACAAUUGUGCAGGCCUACUACUCUUCCACAUACUAGGACUUGGCAUGUUGAAAGCUAGAACUUUUUUUUGAGAGAAAUUAAACAUUUAAUUGGCAUUGAGGGAGCUAAUUUGAUUCAGUUUUUAAUGGGAUAUCUUUCAGUUACAAAACUAUAAUGAGUCUUAUGAUAUUCUUGUUAGAGAGAUUUUUUUUCUUUUUUGAUUUUCAAGACAGGGUUUCCCUGUGUUAAAGGCCCUAGGUGUUCUAGAAUUAAUUCUCUUUGUAGGCUGGCUUUAAACUCACAGAAAUCCACCUGUCUCUGCUGGGAUUAAAGGUGUGUGCCAUCAUGUCCAACUUUUUUUUUUUUUUUUUUUUAAUUACACUAGGUUGUUCUUUGUGUGAAUGUAAUUGGCACUGUGUGGAUAUGUAUUCUUGGUGUAAGAGCUGGAGGAACCAAAUAGAUUAGUGAUGUAAUUUCUAGAAAUAACUGUCAAGUUCAUUGUCAUAAUUUUCAUUUCUUUAGAUAAGGUCCCACUAUGUAGCCUUAGAUAGCCGGGAACUCCUUAGAUGAGAUUGGCCUGGGACUGAGAUCAACCUGUGUAACAGUAGAGUGCUGAAAUGAAAGGCAUGCACCACCAUACCCAGCUCAUUGCUGAAAUUUAAACCAUGCUAUCAAUCCUCAAAAAAGUAAAUACUACAUAAUUUAGACUAUGUCCAUUUUCAAAUCUUAUAAAAAAUAUGAAUUUUUACUCAGGGCUGAUUCAUAAGAUAUUAAAUAUCUGUUGGUCUAAGCCAAAGACUUUUAAGGUAUAUUUUAUACAUAAGUCAACAAACAUUAUUCUUUGUAAAAUGCCAUAUUAGACAGCAUUGAUACCCUUUCUGAAAUAGUGAAAAGUAGUUGAAAAUGUAAAUUAUGUUUGAUUUAUAUAGUUGAUAUAUUGUUAUUUAGUAAUAGUGACCAACCAGCAUAAUCCCUAGUUUAAGGAACAAUAAUCCUUAAAUUUCUUAAAUUUGCUCUUAUUUUUCAAAAGGACUCUAAACUGCUAAUAAUUUGG